AUGGCGGACGACAGACUCCGGGUCGAUUCUGGCACUCGCAGAACGAUCUUGGCGGGUGACCCUGGUGGGGCCGGCGGACGACACUGGCGGGGUGUGAGUGUCUGGCGUGGCUCGGAUGGGUGCGUCUUGGCCGAAAAAUGCCCCUUCGAAAGGAUCUUAAAAGAUCCUUGCGGAGCGGGAAGGCGUCGUCCGCCGUCCCCGUCAGGGUCGCCCGCCAAGCUCUUGUUGCGAGUACCCCGCCAGGUCGCCUGCCAAGCUGUUUUGGCGAGUGGCACAGAGGCGCCCGCCAAGCAGCUUUUUGGCGAGUGUGGUCUGAAUUCCGUCGUCGACGAUUCUGGCACUCAGCUUGGCGGGACCGGCGGACGACCUGGCGGGGACGGCGCACGAAUGCUUGGCGGGCGGGGGCAGUGGACGGAGCUCUGGCACAUCCCGGGCACUCGCAACAAGAGCCUGGAGGGCGACGCUGGCGGGACCCUGGCACAACUGGCAAAAAAACUCGCGGACGGCGGACGACCCUGGCGGCGACGGCGAUUCUGUGGCACUCGGGCGGGGCCGGCCGACGACCCUGACCAAGACGGCGGACGACGACACUCGCAGAAGCGAUUGGCGGGCGACCCUGGCGGGGUGGCGGGCACUCGCAAAACCAGCUUGCUGGGCAAAUCUGGCGGGGACGCCUCUGGCUCUGGCGAGGACAACUGCACGGCGGACACGGCGGACGACUCUGGCGGUGGACGGCGAG